CUAUUCCUAUGCUGUGCCUCGGAAGUGAAUUGAACUGUCUAAUCUUGAGUUCCUUACAAAUUGUGCCUCGCAAGCUGCCAAGAUAUACAUUACACAUCCAUAACACCUGAUUGUCGCUACAACUCCGGAUAUCACAUCCGUCCUCCUCGUCCUUUUGACCCGCACGAGCACCUCACACCACACCACGAUUCAUCACGCCUUACUAUGGUAUGUUCACUCCCUGCCUCAUCCUCUCGAUCCGAAAUCUCCCCACUAACUUUCCUCAGCCUCAAACUUUCCCUCUUACCUCAGCUCAUCUAUCUUUCUCGUCAACCAUACCACACCACGAACUUGUUACCACCACUCCCUACCAGCCAAAAUGCCUACCCUGCCACCCCUCCCAAACAUCCUCCUCGCUCUCACAAUCCUUACCGCAACAACUCUCACAGUCCUGGUCAUCACACCGCCGAAUUCAGAUUCAAAAGCAACUUCCUCCACCACCGCAGGCACCAGGACCACAGAAACGAGCACGAAAGGAACGAAGACCCCCCCUGCUCCCCCUUUUCAACCAAAAACUCCACCGAAAACAAAAACGAAAGACAGCAUCGCCGUCUUCACAUCCCCACUCUUUGUAAACUCUUGUCGACUUGCGGUCAUCGGCCUCGGGAUACACCACGCGGCCCUCGCCGUCUUUUACCCCUCACCACCUCAGCACAUCUGUCUAAAGCAGGAGCAUUUGAACCCUUCUCUCUUUACCUGGUCUUGGCGAACGAGUCUUUGCCUCGGCGGAAUUUUGAUAGCGGCGCCAGUGAGAUUACUGGCAUUCAAGCAGCUGGGACCGAACUUCACGUUCCAGCUUGCGGUGCCGGGGAAGUUGGUUACGACAGGCCUGUACAAAUUCGUUCAACACCCCUCUUACACCAGCAACAUGAUCGUCAUCCUCUCCAACCUCUACCUUAUUGGCAGAGCUGAAGGCGUGUCAUCUUGUUGGCUCGCUUGCUGGGUCGCGCAUCCUGAGGUGGUGAUGUCGAUAUGGAGAACGAUGUGGAACGUCCUGAUCGGCGCCGCACUGAUCGCCACGUGGAUCAGGGUUGAGGAUGAGGAAUCGAUGUUGAAGAAGAGGUUUGGAGCGGAGUGGGAGGACUGGCAUCGGAAGACGAAGAGGUUUAUUCCCUGGGUUUUUUGAGAGAAGUGAGGAGCCCCGGAGGGAGAACGGAGGAAGGUUAAUUUUAGAAUACGAUUGAGAGGGGGAGUUGAUUGGUUCAAAACACCACUAGUUUGGGGACAUGAAAAUGAAUCCAAAGAAACGUGUGAAUGGGCGAAUUCGGUAAGAAUAUGAACCACUUAGCUAAUAUUUUCCCACAGGCGAGUGAGGGUAGGCUACCCCUAAAUCCCAGCCAUCCCCCCUAGCAGCCCAUCGAGGCAAAAAUUACUUGCAUCGACCAAGCUGGAAAAUGCCGAGGAAGAAUAAGAGGAAGAAUAAGAAUAAACAGAAUAGCC